AACGUUUAUGCCAACACGGAAUGAAAUGAUGUGCAUACACGGAAGGAUUUCGUGAACGUACACAACAGAGGAAAUGGAAAGAAUUGAUUGAAGUAGUACAUUUUGAUUGGAAAUGUUGUGCAUUCAACCUUUUAUUUUAGAUUUUUACAUUAAGCAUGAAUUAAUAUUCAAAGUUAUUAAGGAAUACACAUUGAAAAUGUCAUAGAUAAUCUAUUUUAUACAAAGACGGAAGAAAAUCUCCCAGAACUUUAGAAGGAGCGUGGAAAUGUCGACACAAGAAAGUGCUGAGAUGACACAAACCAAAGAUACCGAGUCUAGGGAAGACACACCAAGAUGCCUGUCGGGACAAACGGAAAGUUAUUCCUCCAGAGAUUUAACCCAAGAUGAGCUGGAUAAAUUGAAAACUGAGCGAGUUCUUGUGUCUGAGUUCAAACAAUUAAAACUGGAGAAAGAAGCUCAAAAAAACUGGGAUUUGUUUUACAAAAGAAACACCACCAAUUUCUUCAAGGACAGACACUGGACAACCAGGGAAUUUGAAGAACUCAAAGCGUGUCGUGAGUUUGAGUCUCAGAAGUUGGUUCUUUUGGAAGCUGGCUGUGGUGUGGGAAACUGCCUCUUUCCUUUACUGGAGGACGACCUCAACAUAUUUGUUUACGCCUGUGACUUCUCUCCACGAGCUGUUGAGUUUGUAAAACAAAACCCUCUUUACUGCCCUGAGCGCUGCUGUGCCUUCCAGUGUGAUUUAACCAAAGAGGAUCUGUCCGACAAUGUUCCGGAGGGAAGCGUGGAUGUGGUCACUCUUAUCUUCGUCCUGUCGGCAGUUCAUCCAGAGAAGAUGAAGAUGGCUUUGGAGAACAUUAACAAGGUUUUGAAGCCUGGCGGCAUCGUGUUGUUCAGGGACUACGGCCUGAAUGACCACGCCAUGCUCCGGUUUAAAGCUGGCAGCAAACUCGGGGAAAACUUCUACGUCCGUCAGGAUGGAACCCGGUCCUACUUCUUCUCAAAAGAGCGUCUGGCUCAGCUCUUUGAGGAGGCUGGCUUCGUUUCUGUUGUCAACGACUACGUCCUGAGAGAGACGGUCAACAAGAAAGAAGGGAUUUGUGUUCAGCGAGUCUUUCUGCAGAGUAAAUUCACCAAACCCACAGUGACUCAGCCUUCCUGAAGUUUCUAGGCUUUUUUAUAUUUGUUUUAUUCAGUAGAAUUGUUCAAAACUGAAAUGUCAUCUCACACAUGAAAGGAAAAAAAAUCAUGAAACUUGGCUGCACAACAAUAAAAGAAAAUAUUUUUAAGGGGUUUGCUUUAGGUUCUGUGAAAAAGGAGAAAAUAUGCUCAUUUUUUAGCAGUUUAGAAGAUUGUCUUUUUUUCUGUAAACCUUAAAAUUAUAAAUAUUAAAAUGCCUUUUUCUAACAUCUGAGAGUUUAAAGUAUUCUGUUUUUCUCCAUAGAAUCUCUCUUUUGUAGACAAAUAUUGAAACAAUUAUACCAAAAAUGGCUAUUGAUUUCUUCAACUAAGUUCAAGUGAAUUUUUAUUGAUUUUAUUAGUUUUAAUCUUCAGUAUUUGGCUCAUACAAACGCAGCCAGGAAAAAAGUUUUAGAACUCUCCAAUGUUUUCAUUUCUUUUUUGGAAACUAUUCAGUGUGCUGCCUUGUUGCACUCUGAAAGUGGAAAAGAAAUAAAGAUGUGAUCAGGCCUAAAUGUUCAUUAAACUUUCCAUUCAUCAAAGUAUCUUGUGUAACCAGGUACUUUGCCAGCUCAGCGACUGUGCUGGCUGCUCCAUGUUUACAAGAUUAGUUCUUUUGUCUUCUGGUUGUUCUUUCUAUUUUGUCGUAAUCAUGCAGAAUGAUCUCCAGACAAACUCAAAACAGAAAGGAUUGGAUGGUACUUCCCAGUAAAUGUCAGUUCUUGGAGUUUACCACUAUGGUAAUUGCAGAAUUCUGCGAUAGCUUUGUUUGCUUUUUUAUCUUUACUUAUUUAAAAAAAAUUGAGAUAUUUCAAAAAUUAGAGAAAAAAAAUAAUAAAAAAAGAUCAAUUCUAUCCCACAAGUAUCCAAAAACCCAAUUACAGAUUUAUCCGCAGGUCGCCAUUUUCAACACUAAAAUGUGUCUGGAUUCUGGAUGUGAGUUGAAUCAGUUCGUCAGAUCCAACCCUUUGCAGUGUGUUGAUGUGCACCGUCAGGAGGUUUUCCAGCAGGGUCAGUCUGUCCGUGGUCCUGCUUUCUUUGAGCAUGAAGUUCCUCGGUCGGUACAUAGCACAUUGCCAAAUAUCCAGCAGGAGAUCCACUAGCUUCCAUCCAGGGGGCUUCUGCUAUUUUUGAAGCUCAUAGAGAGAGGUCUACCACCAAACUCUGUCAGAUAUCCACUCAAAACCAUACCUGAACUCUCAGCUCCUCCAAGAAGGGCAGGACAACAGAACAGUGCCUCAGACGGGACACGUCCUUCCAAAUUCUGCUUUGUUGAUCUAGGAUAUUUUCCGGUGCCUAAGUCUAAAAUCCAUCUUCCAUACCACAUGUGGAGACAGAUUCCCAUUCAGACUCUUCCUUAUCUCUGAGGCA